AUGGCCUUUGAGAUGAUUUCCACCGAUCAGGUGGACCGGGUCGCCAUCGUUACUUUGAACCGGCCGGAGGUGCUGAAUGCUCUCAGCCUCGGGUUGGUGCGUGAGGUGGACCAGUUCCUGACGGAGGCUGAGGCCGACGACGGCAUCGGCGCGGUGAUCAUCACCGGGGCCGGUGAGCGGGCGUUCUCGGCCGGGGCCGACAUCCAUGAGAACCGGGAAUUCAACCAGGAGCAGCGGGACGCGGGUGCUGCGGAGAGGGCGAAUUACACCUGGCACCUGGCCACCUGCAGCAAGCCCGUGAUCGGGGCGGUCAACGGCCUGUGCUACGGCGGCGGCACGGUGAUGGCCACCAGCAUGGACUUUCUGAUCGGCUGCGAGAAGAGCAGCUUCCGUUUCCUGGCGGUCAACUACGGGCAGCUCAACGCGACCUGGAGCCUGCCGACGCUGGUGGGCUGGGGCAAGGCCAAGGAACUGCUUUACAGCGGCGCGAGGUGUUCGCCGAUGAGGCGUAUCACAUCGGCCUGA